GUCUGCCUUUAUUGGUUUCUCUCUUUGUAUGCGUUUUCCCACCUCAACGUCACUCUAUUCAUCAACUUUUCCUUUCACGCCGUUUUGCCAGAAGAAAAUCCCGAGGAGAAACGAAGCUUAACGUAUCGCUGCAUUUCACCCUCUUUUUGUGCCUUCCUUUUUUUCUUCUCUCUUCUCAGUAAAGCCCACCCGUGCUCAGCGUGUCACCCUCUACCCCUUUUGCUUUACAGCCCUUUUUUUCUUUCGUUGAGUAAGAUGGUCCAGUUAUCGUUGUUGGAGGAGGUGAAGGACAAGGCGUCGCGCCUGAUUCCGACCGCGUACAUGGAGAUCGUCGAGGAGUGCACGGCACCGCAUCUUCUCAUUCCAACCUACGAGCACGUGAAGUUUCUGUGCGAGACGGUGAACAAGAAGCCGGACGUGAUCGUCGACGUCGUGCGCGCCCUGCGACGCCGCAUCGCCGACAACGAUGUCGCGGUGAAGCACUUGACCGUGCAGCUGCUGGAGUCGUUGGUCAAAAACAGCGCCACGGCGUUCCACGUCGAAGUGGCGUCACAGAAGGGCCUUCUGCGCGAUUUGGUGAACGUCGCGUGCAUUCAGCCUACGACAGGGAGGGCGAUGCAGGCGAAGGAGGCGGCGCUACUGCUCACGCUGAACCUGUCCAUCUGGUUCCGUGGACACCCCGCGGAGGAGUGCUACAUCUUGACCACCCUCGCCGACGAUGUGCGCAACCAGCUGGGCCCCAACUGCUUCGAGGGUAUCGAGCCAGAGCGCAACACGCGGGUGCGGGUGCCGGUGAGCGUGCCGCCGCCCGCCGCCUCUCGCGCCAGCGCACGCGGCACCAAGUCGGGCAGUGGCGCCGGCGGUCGUGCCGCGCCGCACCGGCAGGAGAAGCGCAACGUCGUCGACGCAAUCCCCAUCGACCUCCCUACGCCAGAGCGCGUCUCCACCAUGCUGGAUGUCUGCAUGACCUUCUCCGAGUACCUCAACAACACCGAGAUGAACACUGAUAAGUCGCUGACGCAGGACGAGGUGGUGAAGAGCUACCUGUCGCAGGUGAAGGAAGACCACAAUUACGUGACGGUGCUGCUGUCGUCGAACCUGCAGCUGGACCGCGACGUCUUGCGCACCGUUGGCGACAGCCAGUCAGCGGUUCUCAAGAAGGUGGAGGAGCUGUCUGAGAAGCUGGCUGGUCGCCCCGCCGCCCCGCCGCAGACGCUGGCGACCGCUGUCCCCGUAACAACGGUGCACAGCACGCCGCUGCGCUCCGCAGGGGACGUGGACGGUCAGCCGCAACGCACGCCGUUUUCUUCCGGUGCUACGCCGGCUCACGCGACACCCCCGCGCGCGGAGGUGGCAGCCGAUGGCAACAGCGGUGUGCGGGCCCCGGUCCCACCGCCGCAGGUCCCCGCCCCGUCCGUGGACGACCUCUUCGGCGAUGCCGUCGUGGGCCCUUCCGUUUCCUCCUCCAACGCGUUGGAAGGUGCCCGAGGCGCGCAGGCGUCCACCGCAGCAGCGGAGCCGAGCGGGGGCAGCUCCGAGCCCGCCUCGCCGCCAUCGCUGAACCAGUCGGUGCCGGCGCCGUUGCAGUCGACGAACGCUGUCGCACCGACGGAGGCCGCAUCGACCGCUCACGUCGACCCAGCCGUUGCGGAGGAUGCGCAGUCAGAGCCGGCGGAGCAGCGAGAGCACGCAGCAGGGGAGACGGCUGCCGCGGAGAGGGAGGCCCCAAAAGAGGCGAAGGCAGACCUCGCAGCGGUGGCACCGCCCGCUGCCGAACCCCCGAAGGAUGACGACGACUUCGACGCCUUCCUUGAGGGCCGGAUGAGCAGCUAA